AUGCUGGACUCAGAUACAGCACUGGUGUAUCCCAUCAUGCAUUAUGUUCUGGAUAUGAAUCCUGGGUGGAAAGGAGAUCAGCUCAAUAUCUGCGUCAGAGACGGAGUUCGUGUUUCAUCCAGUAACAGGAUAAACCACAGAUUCUCUCUGACUGAAGAAACCUCUGCUGGAGUCUUUACUGUGAAGAUCAGAGACCUGAGAGAAGAGGAUUCUGGGAAAUACUGGUGUGGAGAAGAGAGUUCUGGGUCCUUCAUAUUCACUGAAGUUCAGCUACAUGUGCACAGAGUUUCAGGCUUUUCUGUGACAGCUUUGGUUUCUGUGGGUCUGGUCCUGCUGGCUGUGUUUUUAGCGCUGGUGUUGUUCAAAAUAAAACGCAGCAGAAAACACGACGUCAUCUCGUCAGACAGGAGAGAGACAGAAGGCCACCAAACUGAUCGAGAAGAGAUUCAGGUCUCAGAUCCCGAAUCACCGUCCAGUCACCCACAAUCCCCUCUGAUGGGCUCCUGUACUCCUCUGUCAGUUUCCAGAAGCACGAAGAGUCUCUCAGUGACUCUUCAGUCAGAUUCAGUGAAGACGAGAUUCACUGUGAUUAUGCGUCCGUCAAUCACAGCAUCGGACCAAAAUAAUAUCAGCACUGGAUAUCAGAACCUGUCGCUGAGAAUAAUGACCGAGCCGCUUGUAAAAAUCGUUCUGUUUUAUUAGACUAGUCAUUGAGCAGGAAAGAAGCUGAAACCUUGUCUUCUUCUUGUAUCGGUUCAGGUGUGUCUUGUUAAUUAAGUCAUUUCCUGUGUGCUAUAUAAAUUCCUGUUUGUUCCUCGUCUUUGUACGCGUGUGAUUUCUGUCUGCUUUCGUUCCAAUGUGGAUCAUUAAAGACUGUUAA